CUACAGUUAGUUAUGUAACGAAAUAUACCGUUAGUAGCCUACUGGUGAUUUGAUUGGAUAGAUGAUGAGACGGGUGAUCAGAAAGAAGUAAAUGUAUCUGCAUGAAUAGGACAAGGAGAGAGCAAGAGAGAGGGGAUUGCACAUCUGGAAAUGUGGGUAUUCGUCAUUCGAUAUUUUCAGCAAAUGAAUUGAACAACACAUUUUGUUGUACAACGCUGUCUGGAAAACAUCUCCCUUCCCUCUGGCAGAAGAAUCGCAGCUGGCUUAUCUAGUGGAAAUCUCCCAGUUCUGCCUCCAGGACAAGACUCAUCCCAAUAAACAUCAAACUGUAGAAGAAUCACACCAUUUCACCAUUGUGUUUCAGUUGGACAGACUGGACAGAGUGCAGCCGACACAGCGACGGUGUGAGUGGAGCAGAGAGAACCGAGGAUGGGGGGCGGAGGUCAACAGACGGAGUCAAGCGAGCCGGCCAAGGGUGACGGGGUUGGGCCCGAUGGAGGGCGAGGUGGCAGUGCAGUCUACACCUGGGAAGAGGUCCAGAAGCACUGCCACAGAAGCGACCAGUGGUUGGUCAUCGACAGGAAGGUCUAUAAUAUUACCCAGUGGGCGAAGAGACACCCAGGGGGCAUCAGGGUCAUCAGUCACUUUGCUGGAGAAGAUGCCACGGAAGCAUUUGUCGCAUUCCAUCUCGAACCGAAUUUUGUCAGGAAGUUUCUGAAGCCGUUGCUGAUUGGAGAGCUGGCACCGACAGAGCCCAGCCAGGACCAGGGGAAAAAUGCAGUACUGGUGCAGGACUUCCAGGCCCUGCGUGACCGUGUGGAGAGUGAGGGUCUCCUCCGUGCCCGCCCCCUCUUCUUCAGCCUCUACCUGGGCCACAUCCUGCUACUAGAGGCCCUGGCUUUGGGCCUGCUCUGGGUCUGGGGGAGCAGCUGGAGCCUCACACUGCUCUGUUCCCUCAUGCUGGCCACGUCUCAGGCCCAGGCUGGCUGGCUGCAGCAUGACUACGGCCACCUGUCAGUCUGCAAGAAAUCUGGCUGGAACCACAAACUGCACAAGUUUGUCAUUGGACACCUAAAGGGUGCCUCUGCUAACUGGUGGAACCAUCGUCACUUCCAGCACCACGCUAAGCCCAACAUUUUUCGUAAAGAUCCUGAUAUCAACUCACUGCAUGUCUUCGUCCUGGGAGACAAACAGCCUGUAGAGUAUGGUAUAAAGAAGUUGAAGUACAUGCCCUACCAUCACCAACACCAGUACUUCUUCCUCGUUGGACCUCCACUCAUCGUUCCAGUGUUUUUCAAUAUCCAGAUAUUCCGGACCAUGUUUUCACAACGAGACUGGGUGGAUCUGGCGUGGGCGAUGAGUUUCUACCUUCGCUUCUUCUGCUGUUACUAUCCCUUCUUUGGUUUCUUUGGCUCAGUAGCAUUGAUCAGCUUCGUCAGGUUUUUGGAAAGCCACUGGUUUGUAUGGGUGACCCAGAUGAGUCACCUUCCGAUGGAGAUGGAUCACGAGAGACACCAGGACUGGCUCACCAUGCAGCUGAGUGCUACUUGCAACAUUGAACAGUCAACCUUCAACGACUGGUUCAGUGGACACCUCAACUUUCAGAUUGAACACCAUCUGUUUCCUACCAUGCCCCGUCAUAACUACCACCUGGUAGCUCCUCUGGUUCGUGCUUUGUGUGAGAAACAUGGAGUUCCCUACCAGGUCAAGACUUUGCAGAAAGGCAUGACUGAUGUUGUCAGGUCACUGAAGAAGUCAGGGGAUCUGUGGCUGGAUGCGUAUCUCCAUAAAUAAAUCCCUUCCUGACUCUGGACGGGAUUUAAUCCAUCGCAGAUUAACGACCUGCGAACAGAGAGGACAUUUCCUGGAUGUUUUUGAUGAUAAUGAUCGCUGCAAACAUUAUUGUGAUAUAAUUGUUUUAAUCCUUGUCAGCAGUGAAUGGGGAUCCAUAGCAUAAAUAGAGGGUUUAUAUAGUAGGGCCAGGCGUUUUAAAAAAAGAAAACUGUUUUUAUUGACCUAUAUUUCCAGCAUUAUCCACUGGGUUUGAUGCAGGCAGAAAAUCCUAGGAAAUGCUCUGUAAUUGACACAAGUCUCAGUCAUUCCAGUCUGGUUGUCCAUUCGUUUCUGGUGGAGGGAUCGCCUGAACCAGGGGAGACGCAGCAUAUAAUGUUCAUUUCACAAAACCUAUGAUUUGGCAAGGAAUUCUAUUUGUAGAUCAGUGAUUUUACACCUCGUUUUUCUCAAGCUGAUCGCCUCCAACAGACUCAAUCCCUGAUCACAGGAGGUUAUAUAAAUGGGGCAAUUAGGACACUUGCAGGGGAAAGACUAUGAAUCAAAGCAGAAAAUAUAAGUGUACGAUAAAAAAUCUCUAUCGCUUGAAAUUCCCCGCUGGGAUGUUCUUUGCAGACGACAAUAUAUUCUGCAAAACCUGAAAUUUAGCGUCACAUUUUAAAUGGAAAAGCAGGAUAGACAGGAUAGACAGCCAUCUGACAUAAUUAUGCCGUCUCAGAAGAAUGAUUCAACUUUGAAAGGUUGUGGGGGAUGUACUGUGAAACAGUCUCGUCCUUACAUAACAAGACAACAUCAAUCAACAACAAUAUUUCACGACGUCUUCGUUGUCUGUUAUUAACAUGGGUAUGAUAGGCAUUUUUGUAUCCGAAAAUGUAGAGGGUGAAAUAUAAACUAUUUUCAGAAUUCUAA